UGAUUUCGGCAGCGUAUAUCAUGGAAAUGGAUCCACAGGCAGGGGACGACAUCAUUUCUGCCGCACUCAAGGUGCUGUGCACGCCAGACCCCCACGACAAGGCGGCCCGCACCGAGGCGAUUGUGCGCCUGUGGGACGACGGCAGCAUCACGAUGCCGCCGCCCGGCACGGCAUACACGGUCCCCGACCGGCCCGCGCGGGAGAGCGGCAAGGUGCAGCUUGUGGCGGCCAGGGAUGUGCCCAAGCGAGGCAAGGGCGGCAGCCUGGCAUCGCGGCAGGCCAUGCUGCACGCCCUGGUGCACAUAGAGAGCAGCGCCGUGGACCUGGCCUGGGACUGCCUGGCGCGGUUUGGGGCCGCUGACGUGGCGGGCGCAGGCUACCAGCUGCCCAGGCAGUUCUACUCAGAUUUCAUCGCGGUAGCGGCGGACGAGUGCCGGCACUUCCGGCUGCUGGAGCAGCGGCUGGAGGCCACGGGCUCGCACUACGGUGCCAUGGCGGCCCACGACGGGCUGUGGGAGUCUGCAGCGGCCACGGCAGGCAGCCUGGCGGCGCGACUGGCGGUGGAGCACUGCACGCACGAGGCGCGGGGGCUGGAUGUGCUGCCGCAGACGAUACACCGGUUCCGGUCCAACGGGGACGCCGCCAGCGCAGACCUGCUACAGAACGUCAUUUAUGCAGAGGAAAUCAGCCACUGCGCCGCGGGAGUGCGCUGGCUGAAGCACCUGCACAGACUGGCACACGAUCACGACUGGGAGCAGCAGCAGGCGCAGCAGCAGCAGGCAGCGGGCUCCCAGCAGCAGCAGGCAGGCAGCGGGCAGGCGCGAGAGGAGCAGCAGGCGGCGUCGGCGAUCCCCGAGUGGGCGGUAGAGGCGCGGCGGUUUCCCUCUGUGGAGCUGUGGUUCCACUCGCUCAUCCGCCGCCACUUCAGGGGACCCCUCAAGCCGCCAUUCAACGAUGCGGCGCGAGCGCAGGCGGGCUUUGGGCCCGAGUGGUACCUGCCACUCGCGGCAGACGCAGAGGACAGCGCAGCAGCGUCAGCGGCGGCAGACAGUAGCGGACAUGCUUGCAAGGGACAGCAGCAGGGCCCAGCCCACACCGCUGCAGUGGCCUGCCUUGAACGCUGCAACAUGACUGCGCGACACAUGUAACUGCCUGAUUCACC